ACAGGCAGAGGAAUUUGUGGUGAACUGAAAGCAGAGGAGAUCGGCUGAGGGGAAAGGGAGGAGCACCUAGUAGACAACAAGGUUACACAUGAGAAGUCUGAGGCGGAAUUAAACAAAGCCCAGAGAAGGCGCGAAGUGCAAGAACAGGUAGAGUUAGUUACUAGUUGGUUUCAACCUUACUGCUCGGAUAAACCCCAGGUUUUCCCACAGUGUGGCGUAAGAAAGAAAACAGAAAGCAGGAAAAACAGCAAACGGAAAGGGGCAGCUGGAGGCACGAGACUACAAAAGCAGAAGUAACAAGUCUGGGAGGGAUUGACAGCAGUUAAGCAGUCGCAGAUUAACUGAGGAAGAGAAAGAAACAAGUAGAGACGAGGCUGUGAGGAGUGAGCGAGGUGGUAAAGUGAGGAAAACAGAGGAUACUCAUUGACAGGGAGGACGGACUCCAAUCCAUCGACUACUGACAUCAGCAAAACAAAGGAAGAAGAGCGUCAGAAAAGAGGUCGCCGCGGUCCUGCAGCAGUGUGGCUUGUUUGAGCGUGUCUACUAUGCAACUAAGACCGCUGAGAUAGACAGACUCCAGCUCAGACACAAAGACAGUCCUCACUGUAACAGCAGCAUGUUGAUGAAAGAGUACCGCGUUUGUAUGCCACUGACUGUGGAUGAGUACAGGAUUGGGCAGCUGUACAUGAUCAGUAAGCACAGCUGUGAGCAGAGUGGUGGGGGCGAAGGGGUGGAAGUGGUGAGAAACGAGUCAAAUGUCCACCCCCAGCACGGCCCGGGACAGCUGACCGAGAAGCGAAUCUACCUCUGCAGUAAGCUGCCAUCCUGGGUGAAAGCAUUUGUCCCGCGAAUCUUCUAUGUGACAGAAACGGCCUGGAACUUUUACCCGUACACCAUCACAGAGUACUCAGUAUCAUUCCUCCCCAAGUUCAGCAUCCGUAUUGAGACGAGAUUCGAGAACAACAACGGCGAUAACGACAAUGUGUUUGGGGACACGGCGACCCCAGCAGAGAGUGUGAGUUUCCUGGAUAUCCUGAGUGACCCUAUCCCAGAAAAGAACUACAGAGAGGCGGAGGAUCUUAGUCAAUGGCUGUCAAACAAAACUGGCAGAGGGCCCCUGGAGAAGGGCUGGAGGGACGGCCACAAGCCCAUCAUGUGCUCCUAUAAGCGGGUGGAGUGCAGCUUUGAGGUCUACGGCUUUCAGACCAGAACUGAGGAGUUCAUACACAGAAACAUCCGUGACAUCCUUCUGGUUGGCCACAGGCAGGCAGUAGCAUGGAUAGACGAAUGGCACGGGCUGAGUUUGGAGGAGGUGAGAGAGUACGAACUGGCGAUGCAAGAGCAGACCAACAGCAAAGUCAAAUCCAGCAAAAACAACACAGGACCACCGACUGCGUCUCGUCCGACAUUCUCUCGCUCGAUCUCAGUGACAGAUGAGCGUACCCUGAAGAAGAUGGGAGUGACAACCGCGGACAUGUCUGACCCUGCAGCCUCCUCUGUGGCUCACAGUCCCAUUCGACUCCACUCCACCCCUGAAUGAGGCCACACACCCAGCUCACAUACAGUACAGUAUACUGUACAAUCCAAACACAGAAACCACAUAGUCAGCAUUACCGAAAGUCAUGUUAUUUCUCAUGAACAAACCUGAAAGAAUGAGUUCGACAUUUUGGUAGAAAGCGAUUAUUCGUUUAGAUGAGCAGAUCAUCACCACUCUCGUAUUUGUCUCCAAUGUGAGGCUUCAGCGGCAAGUCAGACUAGUCCAAACUUACACAUUAAUACAAAAUAAUAAUAAAGUGCAACAAACAGUUCCCUCUUUCCAGUGGUAUCGUAUGUCUCAUCUAACUCGCCAGAGAAUGAAUACGUUUAUUUUUCUAAAAUGUCUUUUAACACAUCAUUUAUCUGCUCUUGUCUCUCACAUGUUGUUGCUUUCGUCAAUGCCUGCUAAAACCCCCCAAAAGUAUCACAGCAUCACACAAGAGCAUACAAGCAAUUUGUGCCUACUCAUAGACAAUUUCGACUGUUGCCUUCAACAGAAGUCUUCCGCCGCCUGUAAAUGUGGUGCAUUUCAGCUCCUUCUCAGUCGCUUCCUCAGCCGUAGUCGAGCUCACCAGUCGCCCACAGGGCUUUCCAAUUGUUUCCCAGCGCCCAGCCAAUGGCCUACAGACAGAUGCAUAAGGAGUUUAAUAGAGUGGAUCUAAUGAGAAAGCAGAGGAGAAGAGGGAGGCUGUCAAUGCUAUGGAUCUGCUUCCUUCUCCACCUCAGCCAAUAGGUCAGACAGGUGUAUUGACAGAGGGCAAUGAGGCGUUUUAUUGGUUCCUUGAUCGCUUAGCUGAGAGCUGCAAAUGGGUCAAGCCAGUACAAAACUUCAAUUAUGAGUUGAUGAUGUGAGCAUAUAUGAUACAAUUAGCCUUUUCUUUCCCUUUAUUUUUUUAGAUGUACAUUUAGAUGUGAUCAGGGAAUAAUAAUGGCAACACUGAAAAAAAUGACAUGGUUUUUGUAGUGCAGUAAAAAUACAUUUUCGGUUGCCUUAUUUGUAAAAUAUUAUAUGUAAAAAUGAAUCAAGUUUUAGCAUUUAUGUGGAGAUUAAACUGUAAAGUCUUUUAUGAUGGAUUUCUAUCAAUAAAUAAAUUUUCUUUCCAAUGA